CCACAACCAAACAACACAAUACAAAACAAAAAUUAAACGUGCAAACAGACGUAGAGACAUCUCACUCACUAUCUCUGCUCUCUUUCUCUGCUUCUCUGUCGCUGUCUCUGUCUCUGGCUUUGACUCUGUCCCCAUCUCCGGCUCUGACUGCGGCUCAUUUAAAGGCAACGCGUCUUGCCGUUAAUCGUUCAGAACAUUUCAAGCUGCGCGAGUGAACGAACUAGCUAAAUUAACCGCAAAAGUAACAAUAACAAAAACAAGUCCAAAAACAACGACAAUAAAAGUAAUAAUAUUAUUAAGUGCCUUACGAAAAUGUCUUAAAAAACAAGCCAAGCGACGUGCUUGACCAGAGCUAAAACACUGUUCUACUUUUGCAACGCUCUCGACUGCAUUUUUCAGUGCAAGUCGCGUCAAAACCGCCAAGAGACUGUACUAGAUUAACAUAAAUAAAAUAUAUAUAUAUUUAGUAAAUAUAUAUAUAUUAAGUAAUAUACAAACACACAAUGUCUGCAUCGAAGGAAGCCAUUUGCUCGAGCUCCGAAAAGGAGCCCGAAAAGCCACAGCUGGGCUGGGCAACCACUCGCUACUUUGUUACAUUCAUGCUCUUCCUGGGCAUGGCCAAUGCGUACGUGAUGCGAACCAACAUGUCGGUGGCUAUUGUGGCUAUGGUGAACCACACGGCUAUUCAGAAGGGUGAAGAGGUGCUGGACGAUGAGUGCGGCGAUCGUGAAUUGGAAGUUGACAAUGGUGAAGACGGAGAGUUCGUAUGGAGCUCCAGCCUGCAGGGCUACAUACUGUCCUCCUUCUUCUAUGGCUAUGUGAUCACACAGAUUCCUUUUGGCAUAUUGGCCAAGAAAUAUGGUGCUAUGCGCUUCCUCGGCUGGGGCAUGCUCAUCAACUCAGUGUUUGCCUUCCUGGUGCCUGUGGCUGCUCGCGAGGGCGGCGUCUAUGGCUUGUGCGCUGUGCGCUUCAUCCAGGGUCUGGGCGAGGGUCCCAUUGUGCCCUGCACUCACGCUCUGCUAGCCAAGUGGAUACCGCCCAAUGAACGCUCUCGCAUGGGAGCUGCGGUCUACGCAGGCGCUCAAUUUGGUACGAUUAUCUCGAUGCCGUUGUCUGGUCUGCUGGCUGAAUAUGGCUUCUCCGGCGGCUGGCCGUCAAUCUUCUAUGUGUUUGGCGUGGUGGGCACACUGUGGUCUAUUGCCUUUCUCAUUCUUGUCUUUGAGGAUCCCACGUCGCAUCCACGCAUCGAUGAACGUGAGAAGCGCUACAUCAACGAUUCCCUAUGGGGCACGGAUGUGAUCAAGAGCCCGCCCAUUCCGUUCAAGUCCAUCAUGAAGUCGCUGCCCUUCUACGCGAUUCUCUUCGCUCACAUGGGCCACAACUAUGGCUACGAGACACUGAUGACGGAGCUGCCCACCUACAUGAAGCAGGUGCUGCGUUUCUCUUUGAAGUCCAACGGUUUGCUCAGCUCUCUGCCCUACCUGGCCAUGUGGCUCUUCUCCAUGUUCAUUUCGGUGAUUGCGGACUGGUUGAUCAGCACGAACCGCUUCUCGCUGACGGCCACGAGAAAGAUCAUCAACAGCAUUGGCCAGUACGGACCUGGCCUGGCUCUAAUUGCCGCGUCCUACACGGGCUGUGAUCGUGCCUUGACUCUGGCUAUACUCACAAUUGGCGUUGGUCUUAAUGGCGGCAUCUACUCGGGCUUCAAGAUCAAUCACUUGGAUCUGACGCCACGCUUCGCGGGCUUCCUCAUGGCCAUCACGAACUGCUUAGCUAAUCUGGCGGGUCUGCUGGCCCCUAUAGCUGCGGGCAAUCUGAUCAAUGAUAAGCCUACGAUGGGACAGUGGCAGAUUGUCUUCUUCAUUGCCGCGUUUGUUUACAUCAUUUGCGGCACCUUCUACAACAUCUUUGGCUCCGGCGAGCGUCAGUUCUGGGACAAUCCCGACAACGAUGAGCAGAAACCAAGCCUGGGCAGCAGCAGCCCGAACCCUGCAACGACUAUCGGAAGGCUGAGCAAUGGCAAUUCAGCGCCGCUGGCCAUUACUGCCAGCGAGUCAAGGCAGUAAUUACCAUUACACUACACUACACUACACUACACACCAGCUAGUUUAAGUCAUUAUUUUAGUUAAUUAUACUCUAAGCCAAAAGUUGUUGUUACCGCAUUAGAAUUGCCCUAAGCCUUAGAGUCCAAGCAGCGGCGUAUAGAAAGACAAUAACCAUCAGUUGUCCACAAAAUUUAAAUACAAUUUCAAAUCUGAGCACAAAGUAAUUCAAGUCACAUUUCGUUUGUAAACAAUUUUUGGCAGUGCAGUGCCUGAGACGGGUAUUCAGUUGUCUACCAUUUAAAAUGCGUAGUUUUCUUAUUGUGAUAGCAAAGAGUUAAGUUUUUCUUUUUGUAAAAUGUCAAUUCAAUUGAAGUGAGUUAAGUAAACAAAUAUUGUUAAACCAUGAAUAAUGUACUAUAUACUUUUCUA